CUCUGGCCCAACCCCGGGGGAGGGGGGCUCAGGUCAAUGAUAUAAGGGGCAGAGAAACUCAAGGCUCCCGUCUCUCUGUCUUCCAGCCUCCUCUUGCUUCCUCUUAGGGUUUCCAGUUCCAUCAGAGAUCCCAGCGCCAUGCCUCCCAAGAAGCCUGAGCCCAAAAAGGAGGCAGCCAAACCAGCCCCAGCUGGAGCCCCAGCCCCUGCCCCAGCUCCUGCUCCUGCUCCAGAAGCCCCCAAAGAACCUGCCUUUGAUCCAAAGAGUGUGAAGAUUGAUUUCACCGCUGACCAGAUAGAAGAGUUCAAGGAGGCUUUCUCGCUGUUUGAUCGGACACCAACUGGAGAGAUGAAGAUUACAUAUGGACAAUGCGGGGAUGUGCUACGUGCCCUGGGCCAGAACCCCACCAAUGCUGAGGUCCUCCGGGUGCUGGGCAAGCCCAAGCCUGAAGGUCAGGGGAAGGGCCAAGAGUAUCAAAACCCCAGCUCUCUUUCUGUGUUCCAACAUCCAGGGCCACCCCAGGACUCGAGUUGCUACUUCCUUGUACAAACCGGUCUCCCCAUCUCAACUGUCCUCUUCCUCUGCUUUCCUACAUCCCCCUUCCUCCAUCAUCACUCAUCUUCUUUGGAAAGGGAGGUGGGUUACUAUCUACCCUCUGCUGUCAAUGACUCUAAGCAUGUUCCAGGUGAGAAGAUGACUGAAUCAGAAGUAGAACAGCUGAUGGCUGGACAGGAGGAUGCGAAUGGCUGCAUUAACUAUGAAGCCUUUGUCAAACACAUCAUGUCUGGAUGAAUUGGGACCUUCGGGGUACAAGGUGGCCUUCUAUUGCUGACACUGCAUCAGAAGUGAGUGAACCCUUGGAACAACUGUGGAACUGGAGUCAGAGGGACCCAGGCCGGUCACCCCGUUACAGUUAUGAGAAGCUCCUCAGCUUACCAGCCACCUCUGUAAAUAAACAACCAGGCACUAUCGUAUAUAA